AGAUGAUUGAUAGUAUUUGAUGUUUACCUCAGACAUAUUCUUCCAGGUGUUCAGAUGGCAUCAAAUAUUGGGCAUCCUACCGCUUCUCAAGUGUCAAUUGAUCACUCAUCUAAUCAUAAACUGUCACCACUAAUCUAUUUAUAGCCCAUUUUAACUAAUUAAUUAAAACUCAUCCCCUCAAGCGUUUCUUCACGCAUUUCCCAAUGGCAAUUUAUCAUGGUUACAUAUAGUUAAUCUUCUUCCUCUCAAAUAAAAUGAUCAGGCCCCCUUUUUUACAUUUUACCCCCCAACUUAGUGCUGAAUUUUGUAUAUAAAUUAUCAAAUCAUAUAUAGUACAGCAACAAUGUCUUUCAUCGGCACGCAGCAGAAAUGUAAGGCCUGUGAGAAAACCGUUCAUUUCGCCGAAAUGAUGUCGGCGGAUGGCGUUCCUUAUCAUAAUACCUGUUUCAGAUGUAGCCAAUGCAAUGGACGACUCACGAUGAGCAACUACUCUAAAACCUCAGAGGGGGUGUUGUAUUGCAGGCCACACAUGGAACAAAUGCUCAAAGAGAAGGGCAUUGUUAACAGAGUUCCAGCUGGGAAGCCAAAUGGACUGAAUAGAACUCCUAGUAAGGUGUCGUCAAUGUUCUGUGGUACCCAAGAGAAAUGUGCCUCUUGUAAGAAAACCGUUUAUCCACUGGAGAAGGUGACAGUGGAAGGAGAUUUUUACCACAAAACAUGCUUCAGAUGUGCUCAUGGGGGAUGCUUUCUAACACCUUCAUCAUAUGCUGCUCUUGACGGAAUCCUAUACUGCAAAGCUCACUUCUCUCAACUGUUUAAGCAAACUGGCUCUUACAAUCAUCUCAACAAAACAUCUUCCAUGAGAAAAAAUGCAGUAGACCAAGAGGCAAUUGAUCAAGUUGUUGCUGAAGCUGUUGAACAGCCACAAGAAUCGUCUACUGCCGAGGAACCAAAAGUAGAAGAAGAAGAGGCACAAUCAUGAAAAGCAUCAUCAUCAUCUGUUGAAAUUUUGUUAUAUAUAUAUAUAUAUAUAUAUAUAUAUAUAUAUAUAUAUAUAGAUAGAUAGAUAGUAAGAGAAUUUGCUGCAUCUCCGCAAAUUAUUUGUAACUUUUUUUUUUCUUGUAUAACAUUUUUGACUAAAUCCUCUCUAAUUUUUGUUGCUAAAUUUUGCUUUCUUUGUUUA